ACGCUGCACCAGCCCUUGUCACAGCAGGUCACACGUGAACCUUAAGCAAGUUCUGAGCUACCAGUUGUCUGUGAUGAACGGCCAACCCCCUCCUCUUGAUGUCGUGGUUGCCAAUGGCAUUGAGCAACCCAUUGUCCCUAAGAUCAUGAAGCACCAGUUAGGACCCAGCACCUGUUCUGGGGCCCCAGCGGAGGCUGUGCCACCUACCACAGCCAGAAGCAUUGCUGGGGUGUAUGUGGAAGCUUCCGGGCAGACCCGGAGCUUCUAUGCUGCCAUGAAGCAGGGCCUCCUGCCUACUGGGCUUGGGCUGGCUUUGCUCGAGGCCCAGGCAGCCACUGGAGGCCUUGUAGACCUUGCCCAGGGUCAGCUUCUUCCUGUGUCUGAGGCACUAAGGAGGGAUCUGGUGGGACUGGAGCUAAAGGAGAAAUUGUUGGCUGCCGAGCGUGCAGUUACUGGCUAUCCUGACCCUUAUGGAGGAGGAAAGCUGGCCCUCUUCCAGGCCAUCAGGAAGGAAGUUGUGGACAGGACCUCGGGGAUGAGAUGGCUGGAGGCACAAUUAGCUACUGGGGGCCUGGUAGACCCAACCCAAGGAGUGCAAGUGGCCCCAGAGGUAGCCUGCCAGCAGGGCCUUUUAGACAAGGAGACAUGGCUCAGCCUGGUGGAGUCAGAGCCCGGCAUGGGUGCCCCAGGUUUUUUUGACCCCAACACACUAGAACAGCUGCCAUACUGCAUGCUGUUGAGUAGGUGUGUGCAAGACCCCAGCUCAGGGCUGCCCCUGUUGCCCUUGAAGCCCACCUUUCGUACCCUGGGUGGCGCAGCCAGUGCGUCAGCGCUGCUGGAGGCCGGAGUACUAGAUGAGGAGACAGCUCAAGGCCUGCAGGAGGGCACACUGGUGGUGUCUGAUGUGGCCACACGCCCUGAGGUGCAGCGCUAUCUGGAGGGCACUGGAGGGUUGGCGGGGGUUGUCCUAUUACCUGGAGGCCACAAGAAGAGCUUCUUCCAAGCUACAGUUGAACACUUGCUCUCAAAGGGCAUUGCAGUGCAACUCUUAGAGGCUCAGGCAGGCACUCGCACCCUCAUGCACCCAGCCACGGGCCAGCCUCUGUGGGUAGAGGAGGCAGUCAGGGAGGGUGUUGUGGGCCCAGAACUCCACGAGCAGCUCCUGGUUGCAGAGCAGGCAGUGACCGGGUAUCAUGACCCUUUCAGCGGCUCCCGCAUCCCCCUUUUCCAGGCAAUGAAGAAGGAGCUUGUGGACAAGCCACUGGCUCUGCGCCUCCUGGAUGCCCAGCUGGCCACAGGUGGGCUUAUAUGCCCAGCUCGCAGGUUCCGGCUGCCCCUGGAGGCUGCCCUGCGCUUUGGCUGCCUGGAUGAAGAUACUCAGCAGCAUCUCUCUCAGGCGAUGAGCUUUUCAGAUCCCACCACACAUGAGAGUCUUCACUAUGAACAGCUGCUGGCCCUCUCUGUCACCGACCCAGAGACAGGGCUUGCUUUCCUGCCUCUCCCAGGAGAAGCCCAAGCAAAUGAGCCCCAGGGACCCGCAUUUAUUGAUCAUUGCACUCGGCAGGCCUUGAGCAAGGCCACAACCUCCAUCUCUGUAGGGAGGUUCCAGGGCCGGCCUGUAUCCCUCUGGGAAAUGCUCUUUUCUGAGGCAGUGCCCAUUAAACAGAGGGCAGUGCUUGCCCAACAGCACCAGAAGGGGGCCCUGUCAGUGGAGGAGCUGGCAGCUGAGCUGAAGGCCAUUGUCGAGAAGGCUGCAGCCACUACCAAAGUCACCUUUGCUGGGUUGAGAGACACUGUGACACCAGGAGAACUGUUGAAGGCUGAGAUAAUCAACCAGGACCUGUUUGAGCAGCUAGAACGUGGACAGACCUCAGCCCAGGAUGUGGGCAGCCUGGACUCAGUGCAGAGGUACCUGCAGGGCACAGGUUGCAUUGCAGGCCUGCUGCUGCCUGACUCCCAGGAACGCCUCCGUAUCUAUGAGGCCCGCAGCAAGGGGCUCCUCAGGCCUGGUACUGCCCUGAUUUUGCUUGAGGCCCAGGCUGCCACAGGCUUUAUCAUUGACCCCAAAGAGAACAAGAGAUACUCUGUGGAAGAGGCACUGAGGGCUGGCGUCAUUGGGCCUGACGUAUACGCAAAGCUGCUGUCGGCAGAACGUGCGGUCACUGGCUACACGGACCCCUACUCUGGGGAGCAGAUCUCUCUCUUCCAGGCCAUGCAGAAGGAACUCAUUGUCAAGAAUCAUGGCAUCCGCCUGCUGGAGGCUCAGAUCGCCACUGGUGGUAUCAUUGACCCUGUGCACAGCCACCGUGUACCUGUGGACGUGGCUUACCAGCGUGGCUACUUUGACCAGAUGCUGAACUCUAUCCUGUUGGACCCAUCUGAUGACACCAAGGGCUUCUUUGACCCCAACACACAUGAAAAUCUCACCUACCUGCAGCUUCUAGAGCGCUGUGUACAUGAGUCAGAGACAGGCCUGCACCUCCUGCCCCUUAGUGGUACACGACCCCAGCUGGUAGACAGCGCCACUCGGCAGGCCUUCCAGAGUCUACUGCUAUCCGUGAGAUAUGGACGAUUCCGGGGGCAGAGAGUUUCUGCAUGGGAGCUCAUUAACUCUGAAUACUUCCAAGAGGACCGGAGGAGGCAGCUACUGCAGCACUUUCGGCAGCGCAAGGUCACACUGGAGCAGGUCACUCAGCUGCUGGAGAAAGAGAUGAUGAGGUGGGCAGACAUCACAGUGCCUGCACUACAGGGCCAGGUCAGUGCCUACCAGCUCUUAGAGGCCCACAUCAUCAACCAGGAACUCCUAGACCAGGUGCUGACAGGGGCGGUCAGCCCAGAGUCCCUCCUUCACAUGGGUGAUGUUCGCAGGUACCUUCGGGGCUCAGGCACCGUGGGCGGUGUGCUGUUACAGCCCUCCAAUCAGCGACUCAGUCUCUACCAGGCCAUGAAGCAGAAGCUGCUGGCUCCUGGUGUGGCCCUGGCCUUGCUGGAGGCCCAGGCAGCCACUGGAGCCAUCACAGACCCCUGCAGUACGGAGAGCCUGACGGUAGACGAGGCUGUGUGCAGGGGAGUGGUGGGAGCAGACGUGUAUGGCAAGCUGAAACGAGCAGAGAGUUCUAUCACUGGCUACAGAGACCCCUUUUCUGGAGAAAAGGUGUCCCUGUUCAGGGCCAUGAAGAAGGGCCUUGUCCCGAAGGAGCAAGCAACCCGCCUAUUAGAGGCCCAGGUGUCCACAGGAGGAGUUGUUGAUCCCACAACCCGCCUCCACCUCCCCAUGCCUGUGGCAGUUCAGCGGGGCUGCAUUGAUCAAGAGAUGAAGGCGGCCUUGUCCAGCUCUCCUGAGACCUUUCCCACACCUGAUGGCCGGGGAUACACCAGCUAUGCCCAGCUUCUGGAGCAAUGUCUCCAGGACACAGCCUCUGGGAUUCACCUCCUGCCCCUGACAGAAGAUGCUCCCGCUAUCCCCAGUGACACUCAGAUCCAGGAGACCCUACAGGCAUCAGCUGGCACUGAGGAUGGCUUGUCCCUUUGGGAUCUGCUCACCUCUUGCCAUUUUACUGAGGAGCAGCGCAGGGGCUUCCUUGAGGAGGUAAGGGUUGGGAAGACUUCGGUACCACAGCUACAGGACACCGUGCGCAGCUGGGUGCACGCAGCAAAGCUCCUGGCCCGGGCCCGCAUCACCAUUCCAGGCCCACGGGGUGAGGUCCCUGCCAUUUGGCUACGAGAUGCUGGUAUUAUUACCCAAGAGACCCUGGAAGCAUUAGCCCAGGGCAUACAAUCACCGGCUGAAGUAGCCAAAGAGCCUGCUGUAAAGGCCUGCCUCUGGGGCACAGGUUGUGUGGCCGGUGUGCUUUUGCAGCCCUCGGGCACCAAGCUGAGCAUUGCUCAGGCUGUAAAGGAUGGCCUUCUGCCCACAGGACUGGGCCAGCAGCUGCUGGAGGCCCAGGUGGCAUCUGGCUUUCUUGUCAACCCGCUAACCAACCAGAGACUGUCAGUGGAGGGGGCGGUGAAGGCCGGCCUGGUGGGCAGGGAGCUGAGUGAACAGCUUCAGCAGGUGGAGAGGGCCGUCACAGGGUAUUCAGACCCUUACUCAGGUGGUUCCCUUUCUCUCUGGCAAGCCAUGGAGAAGGGGCUUGUGUCCAAGAGUGAAGCUUUUCCUCUCCUCCAAGUCCAGCUGGCCACGGGGGGUGUUGUGGACCCUGCCCAUGGAGUGCACCUGCCCCAGGCAGUGGCCUGCAAGCUUGGCCUUCUGGACGAGCAGACAAGCCAGGUGCUGACUGCCACUGAGAAUGAAAACAAGCUGUUCUUUGACCCCAACUCCCGCGAAAAGGUGACAUACCAGCAGCUCAAAGAACUCUGUGUGCUGGAUGCCGACACUGGCCUGUGGCUGCUACCACUGCCCCAGGACACUAUGCUUGAGGUGGAUGACCACACUGCGGUGGCACUGAGGGCUAUGAAGGUGCCCAUCAGCAUGGGGAGGUACAAAGGACACAGCGUGUCACUCUGGGACCUGCUACACUCUGAGUACGUUGGGACUGAAAAGCGGCGGGAGCUGGUGGCACUUUGUUGUUCUGGGCGGGCUGCUGCCCUGAGGCAGGUUAUCAAUAUGGUCACCACCUUGGUGGAGGCUGCAGAGAAGCAGCCCCCACAGGCCACCUUCAAAGGGCUCCGGAAGCAGGUAUCAGCUGGGGACUUGUUUAGGUCCCAGCUGAUCAACAAACAGACACUGGAUGAACUCAAUCAGGGGAAAAAGACAGUCCAGGAAGUGACAGAGAUGGACAGUGUAAGGAGGUCCCUGGAAGGAGGCAACUUCAUCGCUGGGGUCUUUAUUCAGGGUACAAAAGAGAAGAUGAGUAUCCCAGAGGCCUUGAGAAGGCACAUUCUGAGGCCAGGCACAGCGCUGGUGCUGAUGGAGGCGCAGGCAGCCACCGGUUUCAUCAUUGACCCUGUGGAGAACCGGAAGCUAACUGUAGAGCAGGCCUUCCAGGCUGGUAUGUUUGGUAAGGAAACCUAUAUGAAGCUCUUAUCAGCCGAGCGUGCUGUCACCGGUUACACAGACCCCUACACCGGGGAGCAGAUCUCCCUCUUCCAGGCCAUGCAGAGAGACCUCAUUGUCCGGGACCAUGGCAUCCGCCUGCUGGAGGCUCAGAUUGCCACGGGUGGCAUCAUCGACCCUGUACACAGCCAUCGUGUGCCUGUGGACGUGGCCUACCAGCGUGGCUACUUCAAUGAAGAGAUGAACCGCAUCUUGGCUGACCCGAGUGAUGACACUAAGGGUUUUUUUGACCCCAACACACAUGAGAACCUCACCUACCUGCAGCUGCUGGAGCGCUGUGUGGAGGACCCCGAGACAGGCCUGUACAUGCUGGAAAUUGUCAAGAAGGGAGAAACCUACACGUACAUUGAUGAGGCCACAAGGCAAGCUCUGAGAUCCAGAACUAUGCAGAUGUCCGUAGGCAAGUUUGCAGGCCAGACGGUGUCUGUGUGGGACCUGCUGUCUUCUCAGUACUUUACGGAAGGAAGGAGAAGAAAGCUCUUGCAAGAGUACAGAGCCCAGAACAUAGGCCUAGACAAACUGCUGGAGGUCAUCACCUCCACCGUGGAAGAAACAGAGAAGCAAAACCAAAACUUCAAGGUGGCAGGCAUCCACGGUGACGUGACUGCAGCAGAACUGUUCAACUCUGGGAUCCUUGAUAAGAAGACCCUGGAUGCGCUUCACAGUGGGGAGCGAGGGUGCCAGGAUCUCCGCCAGCUGGAGCAUGUCAACACCUACCUGGAAGGCAGCAGUUGCAUUGCUGGAGUGACCGCACCCCUCACCCAGGAGGUGAUGAGCUUCUACGAGGCCAGCAGAGAAGAGCUCAUCCCAGCAGGGUUUGCAGCUCAGUUGCUGGAGGCACAGGCUGCUACUGGGUACCUGAUGGAUCCCCGUACCCACCAGAGGCUGUGUGUGGAUGAGGCCGUAGCAGCUGGCCUGGUGGGUGAAGACCUGCGAGAAAGGCUUGUAAAUGCAGAAAAGGCAGCAAAGGGCUACAAAGACCCAGCCACAGGCGAGACUAUCCCACUGUUCCAAGCCAUGGAGAAGAAAUUAGUUAGGCGGGAGGAGGCCCUGAGGCUGUUGGAGGUGCAGGUGGCCACAGGCGGAGUCAUCGACCCAAGGCACCACCACCGAGUUCCCCUGGAAACAGCAUGCAAGCGUGGCUGUCUAAGCGAUGACACUGUUGUGCUGAUUGCUGAUCAGAGGCACAUGAGGAAAAGGUUUGUGGAUCCCAAUACACAAGAAAAGGUCACGUACCAGGAGCUUCAGGACAGGUGCCAGAGGGAGGAGAAGUCAGGCUGGGCACUGUUCCCAGUGGUUAAGGACAAAAAGGACAUGGAGUAUGUUGAUGAGGCCACUAAAAGGGCCCUGGAGGCAGAGCAGGUGGAAGUGACUGUGGGAAGGUACAGAGGCCAGAGGCGGUCUGUGUGGGAACUGCUGAACUCAGAGUACGUGUCGGAGGAGAAAAAGAUGGAACUGGUCAGGAUAUACAAAGGUGACACAGCCCGGGCACUGAAGAGAGUGGUAGAAGUUAUUCUACAAAUGAUUGCAGACAAAGAGGGAAAAAGCAGGCAACUAUGGUUCCGAGGACUACGAACUCAGGUCACAGCGGAGGAAUUGCUCAGCUCAGCCGUCAUCACCAAACAGACUCUGAAGGACCUGGAAGAAGGAAGAACUACAGUAGACCAGAUAGAAAGAAACGAAGACGUGAAAAGAUACCUCAAGGGCACCAGUUGCAUUGCAGGAGUCCUAGUGCCUGUCCAGGGAGAGCCUGGCCGUCAGGAGAAGAUGAGCAUCUAUCAGGCCAUGUGGAAGGGCGUGCUGAGGCCCGGCACAGCCCUGGUACUGCUGGAGGCCCAGGCGGCCACGGGCUUCAUCAUCGACCCAGUACACAACCGCAGACUGUCUGUGGAGGAGGCCGUGGCAGCAGGCGUGGUGGGUGGUGAGGUCCAAGAGAAGCUGCUGUCUGCUGAGCGUGCUGUCACCGGCUACACGGACCCCUACACUGGGGAGCAGAUCUCCCUCUUCCAGGCCAUGCAGAGGGACCUCAUUGUCAAGGACCAUGGCAUCCGCCUGCUGGAGGCCCAGAUUGCUACUGGUGGUAUAAUUGACCCUGUUCACAGCCACCGUGUGCCAGUAGACGUGGCCUACCAACGUGGCUACUUUGAUGAAGAGAUGAACAGCAUCUUGGCAGACCCUGGGGAUGACACCAAGGGCUUCUUUGACCCCAACACGCACGAGAACCUCACCUACCUGCAGCUGCUUCGUCGCUGUGUGCGGGACCCAGAGACUGGGUUCUACAUGCUGCAGCUGGCGGGAAAGGGCUCCAGUGUGCACCACCUGAGCGAGGAACUGAGACGUGCCCUCCGUGAUGCCAGAGUGACGCCAGGCACGGGCGACUACCAGGGCCAGAGCAUCUCUGUCUGGGAGCUUCUCUUCUACCGCGAGGUGCCCGAGAGCCUGCGCCAGGAUCUGCUGCGCAGGUACCAAGCUGGUGGGCUGACCGUUCAGGACGUGAGCACCAGCCUCCUCUCACUGCUGGCUCAGACUGAUGACAGUACUCCAUAUGUGAAUCUAGAGAAAGUCUUGGGCAAGGCUACCAUGAAAAUAAAGGUUGGCCAUCUCCGGGGAAACCAGGUACCUUUGUUGGAUGUGAUGUUGUCCAGCUAUGUUAGUGGCAAUACCAGAAAGGAGCUGAUGGGCCAGUUAAGCAGUGGGACACUAACUCUGCCCAAACUGACCCAAAGACUCACCACUAUCAUUGAGGAGGCAGAACACACACAGGAGGCUGAACAACUGAAAGACAGUGUGUCACACCAAAGGGAAACUGAAACAGAAAGAUCAGGGACCUCCCCAGACAAGAGCAAGAAGGACAAGGCUGAGACAGCCAGGCAGAACCAGGAACAAGCCCUGCGAGCUGCAACCAUGCGCCUGAACUGUGGGCAGUUCCAGGGUCAACCAGUUUCAGUGUGGCGAGUCCUGUUCUCCUCGUACCUAAGUGAGACCCGCAGAGAGGAGCUCCUCGCCCAGCACCUGGCUGGUUCCAUGGCUCUGCAGGACCUCAUCACCGUUCUCACUAAGAUCAUAGAAGACACUGAAGAACAACUCAGCAAAGUGUCCUUCCCUGGCCUAAGACAAACGGUUUCUGCAUCUGAGCUGCACACGUCUGGAAUAUUGGACAAAAAGAAGCUGCUGUCUGCUGAGCGUGCUGUCACCGGCUACACGGACCCCUACACUGGGGAGCAGAUCUCCCUCUUCCAGGCCAUGCAGAAGGAACUCAUUGUCAAGAAUCAUGGCAUCCGCCUGCUGGAGGCCCAGAUCGCUACUGGUGGUGUAAUUGACCCUGUUCACAGCCACCGUGUGCCCGUGGACGUGGCCUACAAACGUGGCUAUUUUGACGAGGAGAUGAACAGCAUCCUGGCAGAUCCUGGUGAUGAUACCAAGGGCUUCUUUGACCCUAACACACAUGAGAACCUCACAUACCUCCAGCUUUUGCAGAGAGCCAUUCCUGACCCUGAAACUGGAUUAUUGUUUCUCUCUCUUUCUAAGUGCUAAAUGUUUCUGAUUUUUUUUCUCUAAAAUACUGCAGUGUUUGCAUAGUCCUUCGUUUGGAUGUUGCUGUCUUUGUAUACUUUUUUACUCUUCUGAAUCAUGGUUUAAUUUUAGGUUAUUCUCAU